AUGAUCUCGUCGUCGCCGGAGAUUGCGUCGCUUCGGGCCCAACUCUCAUCACCGCCGAGCGGCUCGCCCGAGCCGCGGCUGGUGACAGCGCUGGACUCGCCGUCGACGUCGGAGGGCUCGCCGCCGCCACCACCGCGUCGGCGGCCGCGUCGCCGGCCGACGCGUGCGGUCUCGGUCGCCAUGUCAUCGCCGACAGCCGCUUCCGCGCUUGCUGGACAGUCGUCAGACGACAUUGGGUCUUCGGGCGGCCGCGAUGGCAGUGACGGGCAGAGCGGUCCUGACUCGCCUGCUCUUGGCAUUCUAACCAUGCCACGUGCCACCUCUGACUCGACGCUUGACGUGGCGUCGUCGGGAGUGGCGUCGCCACGGCGCGAGCUGCCGACACCGCCUCCGGCUGUGGCAAGCAGCAAGGCAGCCCAGGCAAGCAUCAACGAGGCAAACGAGUCUGCGGAGCGGGUCCGCGAGCGUGCGCCGUCGCCUCGGGUGAAGCAGCCGACGGUGCUGACGCUGGCGGCGCUCGAAGCCGAGCUUGCGACGCUCCCUCCUGGCAGUCACGGCUCGAGCGUGUUUGACCCUGAGUAUGGAAGCAAUGCCACGGUGGUGGUGGCCGAGCCGCCGGCUGAGCCUGUGAUCAAGGCGGCGACGGCGUACACGCUUGUCCGUGAAAUGACAAGCAGCGACGCCGAAGCUCGCGGCAUCGAGUACCGCGAGCUCUUCCUGGUCUACCGGUCGUUUGUGACGCCGCGGGCAAUGGCGCGGCUGCUUGCGCUGCGUGUGGAGGACCCGCGACUCCCGCAGUUCUCACCGGUUGUGACGCGGACGGCGCACGUGCUCCGGUACUGGAUCAAUCUCGAGUUUGAGCGGGUGUUUGCGCAGAACGAGCCGCUGCUGGCGGCGGUCCGCGACAUCGGCGCUCGCAUUUUGCCAGGCCAAGGCGUCGUGACGCUUGGCGAGCAGAUUGUGGGCCUAGUUGAGAAGAAGGAGACCGAGCUGGCGAACAAGCUUCACAUCGAGGAGAUGAGCAGCGCUGAGCGCGAUGCAGCCGAGCUCGCCGGCGACGACGUUGUGGUCCAGCACAUGUUCAAGGUCAUGCAAGAAAAGGUGCGGCUGCGGAACUCGGCGCCGGAGCCGCUCAUUGAUGCCUCGAACUUGUCGGACAACUUUCAUCUCACGUUUAUUCCGGCAAUGGAGCUCGCCCGGCAGCUGACGCUGCUGGAGCACCGGCUGCUUGCGGCAAUUGACGUGCGCGCCGAGUGCCUCGGGCAGAUGUGGACCAAGAAGAAGGAUGCGAGCGUGGCGCCGAACGUGAAGCGGCUCAUCAACCAGUUCAACAUCAUUUCGCAGUUUGUGGCAUCGACCAUCAUGGCGCGCGACUCAAUCGAGGACCGGGCGUCGGAGCUGGCGCACUUUAUCGAUGUCGCCGCAGCGUGUCGGCAGCUGAACAACUUCAACGGUGUGAUGGAGAUUCUCGCCGGCCUGCAGUUUUCCGAGGUCUACCGGCUGCAGAUGACAUGGGACCGUGUGGCGGAGCGCAAGCUGGCGACAUUUGCCGAGCUCAAGGAGCUCAUGUCGCGCGACAAGAACAUGAAGGCGCCGCGGAUGGCCCUGGCGACGUGCACACCGCCGGCGGUGCCGUACCUCGGCAUGUUCCUCACCGACCUGACCUUUAUCGAGGACGGCAACGCGGACACAGUUGGCGACGCUGCACUCGUCAACUACGAGAAGCGGCGGAUGCUGGCCUCGGUCGUGGCAGACAUCAUCAAGUACCAAAAGUCACCGUACACUCUCAUCACGAUUCCUGCCAUUCAGGACUGGCUCACCCGCGAGCCCAAGGUGGCGUACGAUGAGAACGCGCUGUACCAGCGCUCGCUCGAGCUGGAGCCGCGGACCGUGCUCAAGGACUACCGCGCACGCAAGGACUCGGAGGCGUUGGCGGCGUCCAAAAACUCAGGUGUGAUGCGAUUUGUGGACCGGCUCAAAAAGUCGCGCGCGCAGGCCAAGGCCGACGAAGCCGAGAGCGAGGCCAACGACGACGAUGCCGAAAACAACGGCGAUGAUGACGAUCUCAUGUACUUUGUGGCGACGUCGACACGAGCGCGGUCGGGCUCGGCCAAAGACAAGGAGCCGUCGAGAACGAGCCGCGCUUCAAGCUGCAGCGGCGUCGGGCUCGACAACGUGGUGGCGUACAUUGUGGGCCGGCCGCCGACGGCGGAGAACUUUGUGGUCGACGUCAGCAUGCCGUUGAGAGACGGCGGGCCUCGGAUUGUGGCAGCGUCACUCCACCAGCUCCUUCGCGAGUUGACGUCGUUUGCCAAGGCGCGGCCAGACGCCGAGGUUCUGGACGCCUUUCUGGCGACAUACAAGCAGUUUACCACGCCUGUGGAGAUCAUUCGAAUUCUGGAAGAGCUGUUCAACUGGCCGGUGCCCGAAGCGCUGGCGGAGGACGAAAGCCUCGCCGAAGUGUGGCGAGCCAAGGUGCUGCGGCCGACGCGGCAGCGGAUUUUCAUCUUUGUCAACUCGUGGAAGAAGGAGCGGUUUGAAGACUUUAUUCCCGACGACGGAUCGGAGGCUGCGCUCGAAGCAUUUACCGACAACCACAUUGCGCCGGUGUUUUCAGCCGGCGCCGAACAGCUGAAGCGGGUCCGGAAGAAGCGGGCCAAGACGCGGCGGCGGCGUGCGGCGUCGACGGUGUCGUCAGGCGACGUGCUGCUCGCGGGCGACGUCAACUGGGCGCGGUCAAACGGCGAGGUGGUACUCGCGGCACAGCCAGACGUCAAGCUCCGGAUGUCGAUGAUCCAGCCUAUGGAGCUCGCCCGUCAGCUGACCAUUGCGGCAUCUGCACACCUCGACGCCAUCUCGGCCGACGAGCUCUCGUCGCUGGGCAUUGCCGGUUCGCGGCUGGCGACGCACAACAUAUCUGCGGCACUGCAGUCGUUCUCGCGAGUGACCAACAUGGUGGCGACCGAGGUUGUGCGCGGGCUCACGCUCCAAGCACGGGUGGCCACGCUCGAGUACAUGAUAUCGGUGGCGGUUGCGCUCUGGGAGCUCCACAACUACGACUCCCUGGUGGCGGUCAUGCGCGGACUGAUGUGUCCGUCGGUCACCCCGCAGCUGUGGGCCAAUCUCCCUGUAGGUGCCUCCGAGGCCGCCGAGAAGCUCAAGGCCUUUGCUGGUGGCGCCGACAAGUACGCCGCGGUGGUGGCCGAGGUCGAGGCCACCUCGCCGCCGGGCGUCCCGUACAUGGGCGCCAUCUUUCUCGCCAUCAAGUCGCAGCAGGCGGUGGCCUCAGUCACGCCGACCGGGCUCAUUGCCUUUGGCAAGUACCUCGCCAUUCACUCGGCUCUGGUGGUCUUUGACCGCUUCCGCGACUCGGUCUGGCGCUUUGUGUCUGUCCCCUUCAUCCAGCGCUACAUUCUCGACUACAAGUCCUACCCGCGCGAGCGGCGGCUGGAGGUUGUGCAGCUACGCGCAAAGAAGGCUGCCGCUGCAGCUUCCGCUGCCUCGGCCUCGAGCUAG